CGUUUGUCGAUCUCCAUGUAGGGAGAGUGUAGGACGAUCGAUCACCGAAAAAAGCAUUUUGUUGUGAUCGUCUACGUUGUCGAGACGCUUAAAGAAACGUUAAAUCUUUUAUACAAAUGUAUUUAGCUGAAGAUAAUUGCAAAUAGGAAAAAUAAUUAAAAAUCAUUUGUUGAAACGAAGCUUUUAAGCAAAAUUAAAGACGUUAUAUUUGUGCUGUGCGGUUGAUUGACGCAUGUUUGUAAUGCGUGCACCCGGAGGCCACAGUGGUCUCUCGGGAGUAAGUUCCCAUAGACGAGUCACUCUAACUUACUUGUGGGCUAUAAUAUUUGCCGUAUAUUUAAUUACAAUAACACAAAAUCAUGGAACAUUUGUAGAAGCAAGGGAAACUAAUAAAAGCUGCAAUCAAACGAUUUGUGACUGUAAAGGUCUUAAGGGACAUCAGGGUUCUAUGGGUCCUAAAGGUUUUCCUGGUCAGGAAGGCUCUCCAGGAGAUAUGGGCCCAACAGGUCCACCAGGUCGACCAGGUGAAAUCGGCGAUGCUGGCGAAUAUGGAGAACAAGGCGAAAAAGGACAACGCGGUGACGCUGGUGAGACUGGUUUACCUGGAAUGCAUGGACCAACUGGUCGACCUGGUGAUGACGGUUCUCAAGGUCCACGUGGUAUUGAUGGUUGUGACGGUAAGGAAGGCUUGCAAGGAAUACCAGGUUUACCUGGCCGAUAUGGCUCUCGUGGUCCUCUUGGAAAACCCGGUUCUGCUGGUGUAGUUGGUGAUGCUGGCGAAGGUGGUAUAAACUCAAAGGGUACGAAAGGAAGUCGUGGUGAGCAUGGUGAGCAUGGUUUAUCUGGUCAGCAAGGUCUGUCUGGUGUAAAGGGUUAUAAGGGUGCCACUGGGUAUCCUGGUAUAGAAGGCGCGAAAGGUGAUGAAGGAUUAAAGGGCUAUAAAGGUGAAAUGGCGGAGCCAGUCAACCUACAAUUAAUGCUUGAAGGUGCUCAUGGUGAAAAAGGUGAACCUGGUGAUGCUGAAGAGAAUGAACUUAAAUACGCUGAUGUAAUAAAAGGCUACAAAGGUGAAAGAGGUUUUCCUGGAAUAAAUGGGGUAUCAGGAGUACAGGGCGAAACUGGUGAAUUUGGUCGACAAGGCUUACCAGGUGCUCGUGGUGAUAUUGGUGAACGUGGUGAGCGUGGAAAGCCAGGUAAGCCUGGUGAGCCAGGUUUUUCCGGCGAAAAAGGAGUUAAAGGUGCGCCUGGAUAUAAUGGAAAUAGUGGAGAAGAUGGUUUGCCUGGAAUACGUGGUGAAAAUGGUUUUGAUGGAACUCCAGGAGUUCAAGGUCCAGUAGGCCCACCUGGUAUAUAUGACCCUUAUCUGGAUAAGGCUUAUCCCGGUCCACAGGGUCCUCAAGGUGAUAUUGGAGAACAAGGUGAUCCGGGCGUAACUGGUAUCCCAGGAAGACCUGGGCGUCGUGGACCUGUGGGUCCGGCCGGUCCUCCGGGUGAUACGGGUCUAGAUGGUUUGCAAGGUCGUCGUGGAGUCAGUGUUAAAGGUGAUGAAGGUGACUACGGUUUAAUUGGAUUUCCUGGACCAAUAGGUGCAACAGGUGGACCUGGCCCUAAAGGUCGUGUUGGUCAAAGAGGUAAUCCUGGUUUAAAUAUUAGAGGUAAAAAAGGUUUUGCUGGACAAAAUGGAAUACCUGGUGCAUUUGGAUACCGUGGUGAUCGCGGUGAAGUUGGUUUACCAGGUGAAAAAGGUUUACCUGGAGUUGGUGUAAAUGUUGUCGGACCUCCUGGUUUUGAAGGGCCACCAGGUCCUCGUGGCCAACCUGGAGAUGAUGGUUACCGAGGAUUUGAUGGCAAUCCUGGUGAUAAAGGUAUUCGUGGUGAUGACUGUGGAAUAUGUCCGGCUGGUCCUCAAGGCACUAAAGGGUUACAAGGAGAUGCUGGUCGUCCUGGUGAUCAUGGAAGAAGAGGACAACAAGGUUUAACAGGUCAACGUGGCCCAAAAGGUUCAUCUGGCUUACCUGGUCGAAAAGGUUACAAAGGAGAGGCUGGUACAAAUGGAAUUCCUGGUGACCGUGGGCAAAUAGGAUCUCCUGGUCGACAUGGUAUUGUAAUACCUAUUAAAAAUCUUGCUCAAAAAAUUCCAGGCGACCAAGGUGAUAUUGGUGAACGUGGUGAACAAGGACAGGAAGGCGAUAGAGGACAGGAUGGUAGACACGGAUGGAGGGGUGAAAAAGGUGAAACAGGCCUACGUGGCGAAUAUGGUGAUUCUGGAAGGCCAGGUAUUAAUGGUAAUAAAGGUGCAAGAGGCAGAAACGGAUUACCUGGAAGAAAUGCACAAGUUCCUAAAGAAUUCUUAGUUGGUGAAUCUGGUUACAAUGGAAGCGGAGGUGCACGUGGUGAAGUUGGUGAUAAAGGCACUAAGGGCGAUAAAGGCGAACCAAAUCCUGGACAAAUAUAUGACAAUAAGGGUGAACCUGGUGACAAAGGCUUUGAGGGACAAAUAGGUGCUAAAGGUUUUCAAGGAGAUAUGGGAGUGCCAGGCAUUUCAGGCAUUCGUGGUGAUAUAGGUUUACCUGGACCAACAAUUGAGGGACCUAUGGGAUUUAAAGGCUGGUCGGGUGUUAUUGGUGACUUUGGCAAUCACGGUGCUCCAGGUAGUCCUGGGUUGAAUGGUUUGGCUGGAUCAGAAGGCGUAAAAGGAAUAAAGGGAGUACGUGGAGAUCCAGGUCGCAAUAUAUUGCCUGGUGAUAUUGGCGUUGAUGGUGAUAUGGGUAUGAGAGGUAUAACUGGCGACAUCGGGUUUCCUGGUUAUCCGGGACGUGCUGGUGUUCUAGGAACAAAAGGUGUUAAAGGUCUUAAGGGUGAUGAUGGACAAAUGGGAUUACAAGGGUUAUCUGGUAACAAAGGCGCACGUGGAGACGUUAUAGUUGGUUACCCUGGCUUAGAGGGAGCUCCAGGAAGAGACGGUCGUACAGCGCCACAUGGUAUAAAAGGUGAUGUAGGUGAAAUUGGCGCGCUAGGUGCAAAUGGUGCUAAAGGUGUUAAAGGAAAAGUCGGAUUACCAGGACGAAGAGGUUCAAUUGGAGAUCAGGGUUUACCUGGACAACCUGGUCAGAUUGGCCCUGUAGGCUGGGGUGGUAUACCUGGUAACCAAGGCGACAGAGGUGACAUUGGUCAAAAUGGAAGAUAUGGUGAUAUGGGUUCAAGAGGCCAAAUGGGUAACAUAGGUUCAAAAGGUCAAACUGGAGAUGCGGGACCAGUUGGUCAUGCUGGUACGUAUGGUAGGCACGGCAGAAAAGGUCAAAUGGGAGAUAGAGGUUUAAUUGGUCAAAGAGGUAACAAAGGAAUAUCUGCCCGAAGUGGUAUUAAAGGUCAAAUGGGAACACCAGGGCCAACUGGUAUUCAAGGUUACGCAGGAAUUGAAGGUCAAAAAGGACAAAAAGGUUCAGAGGGAGAUACACCUAUUGCUUAUGACGGGCUUGUUGGCUUUAAGGGACCAACCGGUGAACCAGGCCGCAUAGGUCUACAUGGUUUAAAAGGCGUUAAGGGUGAAAGAGGAGACUAUGGAUAUACAGGUGCUCCAGGAAACAUUGGUGAUAACGGUUUCCCUGGUUUACCAGGCAGAAAUGGUAGAAAUGGUGCUCCUGGUAGAAAAGGCAGCGAUGGGCCAAUUGGUUUAGAAGGUCUUCAAGGCGCACAAGGUGAAAUAGGUGAUACAGGAUUCGCUGGCAACGUAGGAAUCAAAGGUGAUUACGGUGAUAUGGGUUUAGUUGGUGCAGAUGGCGCAAAAGGAGAACGUGGUGAAAUAGGUGAACAAGGACGACCAGGUAUAACAUUAGAUGGGUAUGCUCAGCGAGGCGACAAAGGUGAACAAGGAUUAAUGGGACAGAUGGGACCAAUGGGUGACCAAGGUUCACUUGGUGAUUCUGGUUAUGAUGGUAGAAAAGGAGAAAUUGGUGAAAUUGGUUUAGACGGAGUUACUGGCAUUGAUGGAUAUAUUGGCAUUAAAGGCGGAGUUGGUGACAAAGGUUCGAUUGGUUUACCAGGUCCAAUAGCUGCUUUCAUCGAAAAUGGUGAGGUAGGUGAUUCAGGUUAUGAUGGGCUUGGUGGUCGACCAGGAUUACCUGGGCAAAAAGGUGCCCCUGGCGAGCAAGGUGAUAAUGGAAAUGCCGGCUUAAUUGGUUUACCUGGCCCAAGCUUACAGGGUCCAGUUGGUGGAGUUGGUGAUAUUGGAUAUCCUGGUCCAGCUGGUAGAAGUGGAUUAAAUGGAAGAGCAGGUCCCAAAGGUGUACGUGGUGAUACAGGUAUUCAGGGCCAACGUGGUGAACCUGGUUUUGCAAUAUUAGGUAGACGUGGUGAUGCUGGUGAUUACGGUUUCGAAGGUGCUCGUGGUUAUGAUGGAAUUAAAGGUCAACAGGGAGAAAGAGGGAUACCGGGUAGAAAUGGUCUAAUGGGUCCACGUGGCCAGCUUGGUGCCACUGGAGAUCAAGGUUGGAGUGGAAUAGAUGGUCUUCCUGGCUUAGAUGGGCUUAAAGGUGAACCUGGUAUAACAUUCCCCUUCGACUACGCUCGUAAAGGUGACCGAGGUGAACCUGGCUUAGAAGGCUUUAAAGGCCAAAUAGGUGACAUGGGUGUUCAAGGUAUAGCUGGCAGAAUAGGCCUACGUGGAAUGAAAGGUUUUCAAGGUGAGCAAGGCCAGAUGGGUAUAGCUGGGCGAGAUGGACCACAGGGAGACAUAGGUAUGAUUGGUCAACCUGGUUUAGCUGGACAAACAGGACCAGCAGGACCUAAGGGCCCCGUAGGCGAUCCAGCGCCACCACCACCCCGUUCAAAAAGUCGCGGUUUUAUAUUUGUGCGACACUCACAAACGGUACGAAUUCCUGAUUGUCCAGCUAAUACAGGUAAAUUAUGGGAAGGAUACUCAUUGGCUGGAAAUAUUGCUAGUAGUCGUACAGUUGGACAAGACUUGGGAUCAUCGGGUUCAUGUUUAAUGCAGUUUACCACUAUGCCCUACAUGAUGUGCGAUGUAAACAAUGUAUGUAAUUACGCACAGAACAAUGAUGACAGUAUGUGGCUUGCAACAGAUGAACCAAUGCCCAUGCAAAUGACGCCAAUUCAAUCAAAAGAUUUGCGUAAUUAUAUAUCUCGUUGUGUUGUGUGCGAAACAACGACACGCGUUAUAUCUCUUCACAGUCAAAGUAUGUCUAUACCAGAUUGUCCAAAUGGAUGGGAAGAGAUGUGGACUGGUUAUAGUUAUCUUAUGACUACAACCGACAACACUGGCGGUUUUGGACAAAAUCUGGUGUCACCUGGAUCAUGUCUUACAGAAUUCCGUAGCAACCCUGUUAUUGAAUGUCAUGGCCAUGGCCGCUGCAGUUACUAUGAUCCUGUAGCAUCUUUCUGGUUAGCUGUUAUACAUGAAAAUGAAAUGUGGAGCGCACCAAGACCACAAACACUAAAAGCAGACCACACCAGUAAGAUUAGCAGGUGUACUGUCUGUCGCCGUCGCAAUGAUUCAUUUGUUACACGCCUUCCGGAUGCUGGCAGCGUUGCAAAAGAAUUAAGACGAGCUCCUGAAAGAGUUAUUCCUGUGCACCGUCCAGAAGCAGUGCCAAGCUCAAAUCAGUACCCUAAUUACCGGCAGUACAAUUUCCAAAACAAUUACAGACGUCCAAAUCCAAACGGUGCCUACAACUAUGGAGAACAAAACCGUGUGAACCGAAUUCGACGUCCACGUGAGGACACUUAUGCACCAUAAAACAGCUGUUGAUAAAGAAAACUAAACACCACAAAAAAACUAAAAUUAAUUUAAGAUUUAACCAAAGUUUAAACAAUUUCUGCCAUUUCUAUGCUUUAAUUAAAUUUAUACCCUUAUAGUUACUUUAAUGAAUAACAUUUAAAAAUAAUGUCGUUGGUUUGUGAUUAAAUAUGAAACUUCAAGAUAAAUUCAAACACUUCGCACUAUUAGAACACCUAAAUUCUCCAUUGAGAAUCGGCUUGCUCCAAUUUUCGGUAAGAAUUCAAAUUGUUCUUACACACCGAAUUGCUGGAGAAUAGCGUACCAUUAACUGUUUUUUUUUUGUAAUAUUAAUAUACAGAUAAAAAGAAUUUUUAAUUAAUGUAUA